AUGAAGACAGAAGAAAGAUCCUUAGAGAAGUUCCUGAAUAAUCCGAUUAAGAAUGUGAUUCUUGAUUAUGAUGGAUUCUUAUAUUGGCCAGAAAAAUUCGGCAGCACAAACGGCACCGCCGUCUCAGGUGAUUACUUCACUGGAUACAAAAGCUUCAAAUUUCCUCUCAGGCCCGACAUCACACACCAAAACUUCACUGAUCUCGACGCCUAUAGAGAACCCUUUUCAAACCCUUCCGUAACCGAAUCUGGGCAGUCUUCAAAUUCUAAAAACGACGACGACCGGCCGUUUAUCUGUGAGAUCUGCUUCGAACCCAGGGCUGCAAAUGACUCGUUUAUCAUCGAGGGUUGUUUUCAUUCGUACUGUAAAAACUGCAUCGCCAAAUACGUGGCCUCGAAGUUGGAAGAAAACAUUACUUCAAAAUCCCCUGCCCAGUACCCGAAUGCGGCGGAUUGUUGGAGCCUGAGUACUGUCGAAGUAUUCUUCCUCAAGAUGAUUUUGAUCGGUGGGGAAAUUUGUCGCGUGAGGCUGUGA